CCUGCGGGAUGGGGUGCUGGCUGGGCAUAAGGAGACCUGGGUUCUAAUCCUGCCUGUCCUGCUGACUGGCUGGGUGACUUUGAGCACAUCCCUUCACUUGUUUCCCUGCUGGCUGCCUUGGCUAGUUAGAGUCUGAGCCCUGUGGCCCAGGGAUUGUCUGCAGCACCUGGUGCAACAGGGCCCUGAUCUCAGCUGGCAUCUGUAGGCGCUGGUGGAACAGAAAUAAUUGGGCUGGCCCUGAUGCUGAACGGGACAGUCGCCUCUCGUCACUCACAAGCAAUGCCUUGUCCUGGCUUCUUGCAGGAUGGCUGAGGAAGUCCCCAAGGCCCCCUCAAAGCCCAUCCGUGCCUGGGAGGAGAUGAAACCUCCCCAACGGAAGAGUUGGCAAAAGAGCCCACAGCGGAAGCAGGAGCUGUGUGUGCCUCAGCCCUUCCGUGCCGAUUCACCAGUCUAUUGUAACGCCUGCUUGAGGAGGCUAGACUGGGAGCACAAAGAGGCCCUGGACUACAUCAACGCCUUUCUAACGAGCAAUGAACAGGACGAGGCCAAGAACCUCAAGUUCUUGGAUUCCAUCAGCAGCCUCAGAAGCCUGCCUGCUUUUAUGGACCAAGUCCUGCUAGUAGAGAAGAUAACGGAGCUGAUUGAUCACGAGUCCGUCGACUCCCUGACCGGCGUGAUGCGUCAGCAAGCAAUGCUCGCCAUCAUGAAGCUGAGCAAAGUGAAGCUAUCGGUGUGGCUCCUGACACGACCCAGGCUGCUCACCACCUGCUUCUCCAGCAUCUUCUCCCUGCCUCCAGCACACACCAUGGAGGAGGUGGAGGCUGCUCUCUACACCAAAACGCUGAAAACCAUGGAUGAGAUGCUGAAGACCUUGGUGUGUGAGGAUAAGGAGCCCAACCUUGUGGUGCUGCAAAACAUCGUGAAGGUCCUGCUCCCCUGGACCACAUCCAAGGAGGUACAUGAGCGGCUGAGGGCAGUGGGAAGGAUCAGGUGGCUGAUGGAAUUCAUGGGGUCUCAGUGCAAAUUCCAGGAAGUGGAGGAGUUCAGCGUCCUGGGCCAGCUGGUGGGGUGUCUCACUCUGUGCCGUGCGGAGCAGGAGCAGGAGAUCUGCCAAUCGGCUGUGGAGGGACUUCGCCACCUCUACUCCUUCAUGCUGCAUCUAAAAUCUGAAAGUCUGAGGAAGCUCGGUGCAGAGUAUCGGCAGAUCCUCAAGAACAGUCAAGUUGAGACAGCCUUCUGGGUCACCAACACCAGAAAUAUCACAUUGAUUUUUGGGAAGUACUUGGAGCCGUCUGAAGGCAUGGACUUUCUCCUCACUGCUAUCGACGGCAUGAGAGACUCCAGCGUCCAUGACGCAGUGACGGCCAGGAACAUGCUGCGUACGAUCCUGGAGGUUCCCGGCCUCCGCUGGUGGAGGAUGUCAGAGGCUGUGAGGAGCAUUCAUAAGCACCUGGACUCCAUCAGCGAGCCACUUGCCCGGCAGGAGCUGCGCAGGGCCCUUCUCCUGCUGGGCUACCGGUUCAGCGAGGAGGUGGUCGGAACCCUGCUGGGCUGCUCACUGUCAUGUGACAGUGUUGCUGCGGAGAUGUGGAAGAUGCUGACAUCCCAGCCCAACACCUCAAGAAAGAUCCUUGGGGAGCUGGUCAGCAGGCUGCAGGAGCCGGCUCGGCGACGGUAUCAGCUCUCUGAGAGACCGGCUGGCUUCCCCCCCUUGGCCCUGCAGGCCACAAGAGCCCUGUAUGUGAUCCUGCAGGAGCAGGCCUGCAGGCAGGAGGUGAAGGAGCUCUUCCCUCAGCUCUACGUCGCGCUGCUCUUCCACGUCACCCACACAGUGCAGCACACUGCUUCGCAGGAGAGGGAGCAUAACCAGGAGGACACGGCCGCACCCCUCAGCCCCGUCAGGUUUGCGGUGAAGGCCAUGGAAGCUUUGCUUCUAUGCGCUGGCUACAAGGAGCAGGUCACCUUCAUGAUGAAGCAGGGCGGCUGGGACCUGCUCAUGAGCUCUGACACGCACCACAAAGGUGUCUGCCUGCUUGCCCGGGCCAUGGUUUCGCUCAAUUUCCAGGAGCGAAACUGGAUUUUCUACCAUCUGAUGGCCAUCCUCAGCGAUCGGGACGAUAGGCGGUACGUCCCGGCCGUGGCGCUCUUCAUUCAGCUCCUCCAGUGCCCUGACCUUGGCUACGGGCUGGAAGACGCCAUCGUGGAGGAGAUGAGCAGGCAGCUGAGAGACCACCAGACCGUGGUGCGCUGGUUGGGGCUCAAAGGCCUCCUCAAUCUGGCCCGUCUCCCAGAGAAGGUGGGGAAACUCCAGCGUCUGCUGCCAGAUGUCCUGGAGCGACUCCAGGAGGUAGACAGAGCCCUCAUCCGCAAGGCCAUCGCCGUGCUGAAACACCUCCUCGCCGGCAUGGACAGGCAGAGCGCCAGCUGCGCGGCUGUGCAAGUGGCUGAGCAACUCCUGCCAUUGUUUGAUGAUGUGACCAGCAAGCUCCGGGUGCUCUCCAUCACCCUUUUUAAAGACCUGCUGGAGCUUGUAAGGUGGCCCAACCGGAGUGAGAUGAAGGAGUAUGUGCUCCAGAGCCUGGUCCCACUGCUCCUCCUUGUUCAUGAUGAGCGUCCCAACGUGUCCCAGGUGUGUUGGGACACCCUCAGCAGUGCCGCCCAAUUCCUGAGGUGGCACCAGCUCAGUGGCCUCAUCCAGCACAAGGAAACCUGGCGAAUCUGUGACUGCCUGGUGAGGCGCUACAACGGGAGAGCUGAUGACUUCCUGUGCCAGACCAUGGCCUUCCUGCAGAACCCACAGACUCCAGUUAGGGAAGCAGCCAUCAGGUUCCUAGGGCUCACUGCCCGGCAGCUGGACCAGGGGAGCCAGAACAAGUUGAACGCCAUCUGCAAGAACCUCAAAGGCUUGCAGCAGGACAGCAAGUCCUCAGUCCGAUGCCUGGCUUCUCAGACUAUUUUCAUCCUGGAGGCCUUCAAGAACCAGCCUCCAGCCUGCUGCGGCCUAUGGACAUUGGUCCAUAGGAUAACAACAAUGUGCACUGAGGAUAGCCCGCUCAUUGAAGCUGCCCAGCUGCCCUAGCUCUGGGAAAAGCAAGCCUCCCUUCUCUGGGGGCUUGGUGCAUCAGAGCCCACCUGGAGCAAGGUGGAACACACGGCUUCUUCCCAAUUGGCUGCCUGCCCUGCCCAGCCAUGUGAGUAGUUAACUGCUCGAUAGCUUUCAUCAUCAUGUACUUUUUGACAGGUUUCCAUGCACCGUGUUGCAUUUACAUCCUGCCCUCCGUCCCCAUUUCCAGUCGUGUACGUUUUUGAUGCCGUUGGCCAUUUUGAAAAUUUAUUUUGUAUUAUUUUUCUGUGUUUGGCCGGGGGAAGGUUGUGUGCUUGUGUUUUGACAUAUUUAGAGAAAAAGUACGAAUGAGUAGAAAGAGAGGCUGUAAAGGGUUUGCAGCCCCCCCCCAGCCCCCACCGUCCGUCCAUCUGGGUGGGAGACCACACCCCUUGCUAUGAUACUUCCGGGUACGGUGGUUCAGGGGAAAAUUAGCUCAGUGUUAAUGGCUCUAGCCUGCAGUCAGGCCAAGUAACGGUAGAGAGUCUGUUUGCCCGGGGCCCUCAAUCAGGGCAGGGCGUCAGUCGAGAAGGGGAUCUGGCCUACAGUCAGGCAGGCAGAGCAGCAGGAGGUCCAUUUGCCUGGCCCUUGAUCAGGGUAGGGCAGCAGUCAAGUAGGGGGGCUCUGGCCUACAGUCCGGCAAAGCUGUCACAGUCUAGGGGAGGUUAGCUCUCU